AUGAAAAUUUGGGAGUUGGAGGCGGGAUGCAUGCGUGAGUGGCUCGAAGGUGGGGAGAUGGGGUUGAAUCUGCUUUCGGUUUCUCAGUUUUUUGGGUUUUUGGCUUUUUGGAUUUUUUGGUUUUCUGGGUUGAAAUUUUGGGAGUUGGAUUUGGGUAAACAUGCGGCGGAAGAGAACAGAUAUGACAACAAGAACUGGAUAGACAAGGACCGAGAGUACGGGUCGGCGCACGUGAGCAGCCAUGCUAUAAAAAACAUGGAGUACGAGCAGGAAGCAAAGGAGAAGGCGAAGAGCGCAGCCCAGACAAUUGCGGAGAAAGCGAAACAGGGAACGAAUAGAGCAGCGAAGACGGCGGAGAGCGCCAAGGAAAAGGCAAAAGAAUACGCUUUCGAGACGAAGGAGAAGACCAAAGAAAUGGCAGAUGCUGCGGCCGGGAAGGCGAAGGAAGGGACUUUUAAAGCAGCCGAGACUGCGGAGAGCGUGAAGGACAAAGCGAAAGAGAGUAUGUGGGGUUUGAAGGAGAAAACAGAGGAUGUCGCCGGGACGGCGGCGGAGAAGGUGAAGGAGGGGACGAGCAAGGCGGCGGAGACGGCGAAGGACACGGUGAAGGGGAGGUGGGGGGGGGCGGUGAAGGAGACGGGGCAGAAGAUUAAGGAGACGGUGGUUGGAGCUCCUGAUGAGGAAGUGGGAGUGGCGGUCAUUGAUGAUGAUGCUACUAGUCAGAGUGAUGUGGAAGUUGGUGUUGAUGUGGACGGCGAUGGCGUGGCAGAAGGAAAGGUGAUGGAAGCGGAUAUUGGGGAACUAAGGCCGCCUGCCGGCGAGGGACACGGGAAGAAAUAUUGAGAUUUUUUUUUUACUUUUUUGUUUAAUUUGCAGCUCUUUUGAUUGAUUUUUACUUGUUUUUCAAAAUGUCCAUUCUAAUAAACAUACUUUACUUUUGUGGUUAUUUUAGAAAAAUCAAAAAUCGGUGAAAUAUGAUGAACAAAUUAACUUCCACAAUCAUCUGUCACAUAAUAUUGCUAUUCACAGUUCGAAUUAGUCACCGAAAGCUUUGUAUUGCCUUAUAAUUUAACAAUUAUGCAACUUAAAUCUACUUUUUUGUCAAAUAAUGGCACGUAACAAGAAAUAACAUU